AUGUCUGACUUUACUACCCUUAAUGAUACAAUUGCAAAAGCUUUCCCAAAUAGAACUGAUUUAUUAGCCACAACCUUAUUAGACUCAGUAGAAGUGAUUGAUAGAAGGGAAGUUAAAUCCGGGGCUGUAACUCAUGAAACAGAACUCCU